AUGGGGCAGCCGGCCGAUCUCCCUCUCCGCGGCGCCAUGGCGAGAGAUUUGCGGCUCCCGCGAGCAAUGGGCUUGGUCCGCUGGCCGAAUGAGGUGGACGGCGCCAAUGGCGAUACUGGAUGGGGAAGCAGAGCGCUCGCAUCCAAGCGUCAGGGAAAUUGCAUUCUCUACAAGGCGGCCGCCAUGGAUGUCGGCGCUAGAGCCAACGGUCCGCAGGAGAGCCCCAGAGGCAUGCGCCGGACCGGGCUGCGCAUCGUCGAUGGCGUGGAGCACAUGUUCGGAGGGCCGGGCGUGAGGGCGCGGCAGGGCGAGCCGUCGCAGUAG